AUGGUAGUAUUAGUUGUCUUUCUGCUAAUACUGCUUUCUCAUAUUGCCUCUGAGGAUCACUAUGCUAAAUGCAGGGUCCAUGCUCCAUACCCUCCACUCCAAAAAUAUCAUCUGUCAGGCAACAUCAUAAUUGGUGGGAUUGUUUCUCAUAGUUUCACCAGUGUUAAUUCAGUAGCCUUCACAACAGAACCUCCAGCACCUUCAUUUGAAGAUCUUUUUUUUGUGCCUAAAAAUUACCAGCACAUCCUGGCCUUGGCAUUUGCAGUACAGGAGAUAAAUGAAAACCCUCAGCUAUUACCAAAUGUCACCUUGGGUGUCUGCAUCUAUGACAGCUAUUUCAAUGCACAGAGGACUUAUCAUGCUACUAUGCUACUUACAUCCACAUUGGAGAUAUUUGUCCCUAACUAUUUAUGUGACACCCAGAAUCAUUUGGUAACAGUCAUUGGAGGACUAGAUUCAGAUAUUUCUCUUUAUGUGGCCACUGUAUUGGAUAUCUACAAAAUUCCACAGCUCCAUCACUUUCUCAGAAGUGUUUCCUUUAAUAACAGUGCUGGGGACCAGAUUUCUUUCGAUCAAAGUGGGAAAAUAAUAGCUGGAUUUGAUGUUAUAAACUUGAUCGUUUCCUCCAACCAAUCCUUUCAUAAAGUGAAAGUUGGUAGGCUUGAUCCUCAGGCUCCUCCAGACAGAGUGUUGACCAUCAAUGACAAGGUCAUAAGAUGGCACAGCUUGUUUAACCAGGUACAACCUUUUUCUGUAUGCACUGAGAGUUGUUAUCCUGGUUAUAGCAAGAAAGUGAAGGAGGGGGAGCCAUUUUGCUGCUAUGAUUGCAUUCCAUGUCCUGAAAUGAAGAUUUCAGCUCAAAAGGAUAUGCAUGACUGUUAUGACUGCAUGGACACAACCUAUCCAAACAUGAAGCAUGAUUUUUGCAUACCCAAAGCUAGAACAUACUUAUCUUAUAAAGAACCUCUGGGAAUCACCUUAAGCCUCUUUGUACUUUCCUUAGCGUUAAUAACAGCUCUGGUGCUGGGAAUAAUUCUGAAGAACCACAACACUCCCAUCGUCAAAGCCAACAACCGGAACCUCACAUACAUUCUCCUGAUCUCCCUUCUGCUUUGCUUCAUUUCUGCAUUGCUUUUAAUUGGCCAUCCUGAACCGGUGACAUGUCUUCUCCGACAAACUGCUUUCAGCACCAUCUUCUCAGUGGCUGUUUCUUCUGUGCUGGCAAAAACUAUCAUGGUGGUUCUGGCAUUUAUGGCCACAAAGCCAGGAAGCAGGAUGAGAAAAUGGGUGGGGAAAAGCCUGGCCAACUCCAUUGUUGCAUCUUGUUCCUUUGUGCAAGCAGGCAUUUGCAGUGUGUGGCUGGCAACCUCUGCCCCAUUCCCAGAUGUGGACAUGCACUCAGUGACUACAGAAAUUAUAUUAGAAUGUAAUGAGGGAUCUGUCAUUUUAUUCUCUUGUGUCUUGGGCUAUCUUGGCUUCUUGGCUAUUGUCAGUUUUGUUGUGGCUUUCUUUGCUAGGAAGUUACCAGACAGUUUCAAUGAAGCCAAGUUCAUCACUUUCAGCAUGUUGGUGUUCUGCAGCGUGUGGCUUUCCUUCAUUCCAGCUUAUCUGAGCUCCAAGGGCAAAUACAUGGUGGCUGUGGAGGUCUUUUCUAUUUUAGCUUCCAGUGCUGGCUUGCUUGUUUGCAUCUUUGCACCCAAAUGUUAUAUCAUUUUGUUGAGACCUGAGCUGAACAACAGGGGACAGCUAAUAAGAAGAUAA